AUGGCGCGGGUCAAGUGGCGCCAGCUGAUCAUUGGCUUUUUGAUACUAUGGAUGGGCGCGCUCUUCCUUCUCGUGACCCGCACGAGCCCCGCCGCGCACUCGGUUGAACACGGACUGCAAGAUGCCACUUUUUCAGAUGAUGGCGUGUUCGACAUGGAAUUUGAAUCCGCAGGCGUCCCGCACAGGCGUCAACAUCCACCCCCAACCGCCGCCAGUUCAACCGAGCGACCGGUGGCCAAGCGCCAGGAAGAACCCUGGUCCGUUCCUGAGCCUGCCGAGCAGAUGGCGCGCUUGAAGAAGUUGGCCCAACAGGCUCCCGAACACGGAUUCUUCAAGUCCCCCAAGACUAAACCCGUGGCCAAGGCUGACCCAGCCGAGCCGGAUACCAAGCCUCAACCCCAGGCAGGCCCUGCGCCAGCCCAUCAACCAUGGCCCUGCCGGCUAUCGGCUGUCGACGGCUUUCUGGACGAUGAGCUGCAUCAUGUUGCCGACCCCAAGGCCGAAUGGAUCUCCCUACCUCGACCUGCCGAGCCCUCGCACCCAGACCCCAUGCACAUGAACGGCUUUAACGUCGAGGUCAGCGACAACUUGCCAACCAACCGGCUCAUCCCUGAAGCCCGUCCAUUCAAAUGCCAAAAGCGCCGUUAUCCAGACGACUAUGACUCGCUGCCGAGUACCACCAUCAUUUUCACUUUCCACAAUGAAGCUCGCUCCGUAUUGUAUCGCUCCGUGCGCUCGGUCCUGGAUCGGUCUCCGCCCGAGCUGAUUGACGAAAUCAUCCUUGUCGACGACUUUUCCGAUGAUCCUGAACAGGGUAAAAUUGUGUUGGGCAUGGAGAAAGUGCGCAUUUUGCGCAACACGCGCCGCGAGGGCUUGAUCCGAAGCCGCAUUCGCGCUGCCAACGCCGCUCAGAGCCCCGUUCUGACGUUUCUCGACAGCCACAUUGAAGCCAACGUAGGCUGGCUCCCACCCUUGCUCGCGCACGUUGCCAAGGACUACAAAACUGUUGCGAGUCCGAUCAUCGAUGUGAUCAACAUGGAAAACUUUGAGUACCUUUUUUCCACCCCAACGCUGCGCGGUGUGUUUUCGUGGAGCAUGCAAUUCCAAUGGGGUCUCACUCCAUAUCACGUUGAUCCCGAUGAACCAAUCAAAACGCCCAUGAUUGCUGGGGGGCUCUUCAGCAUCAGCAAGCGCUGGUUCGAUGAGUCGGGACAGUAUGAUACUGGCAUGGACGUCUGGGGUGGGGAAAAUUUUGAAAUCUCCUUUCGUACCUGGCAAUGUGGCGGGGCUAUGUAUAUUGAUCCCUGCUCCCAUGUGGGCCACAUUUUUCGCAAAAGCCACCCAUACACCUUUCCCAAGGGCAAUGGCAACACCUAUGACACCAACACGGCUCGCACCGCUGAGGUGUGGAUGGACGAUUACAAGCAACACUUCUACCAUGCCCGCCCAUCGGCUCAAAAAGCCGUGGUGGGCGACGUGUCCGAGAGAUUGGCUCUGCGAGAGAAGCUGGGUUGCAAGCCGUUCAAGUGGUAUCUAGACAAUGUCUUUCCUGAGCUCAGGUACUGA